CGCCCAGUGCAGCGGCGGCAGCAGCAGCGUUGCUUUGCUGGGCUGCAGGGUGCGUGGCUGUGUCCCGGGGGGCAGGCCCCCGCCCCGGCCGGAGCGCGCUGAGCCCCCGGGGCCGCCUCGGCCCGCGGCUGCAGCCCCAGCCAUGAGCGGCGCGGGGGACGCGGCGAAGGAGAAAUUGCUCUGGAACGUCAAGAAGGAGGUAAAACAGAUAAUGGAAGAAGCAGUCACCAGGAAAUUUGUGCAUGAAGACAGCAGUCACAUCAUCGCCUUAUGUGCUGUGGUGGAGGUGUGCCUCCUGCACAUGCUGAAACGCAGAGCUGCCGGCUUCCUCCGGACCGAUAAGGUCGCUGCCCUCUUCACCAAAGUUGGCAAGACGUACGCGGUAGCUGGGGACAUAUGCAAGAAAGCGCAGGAGCUGCAGCAGCAGGCGGAAGGCAGGAAAAAUCAGCCGAAUGGCCAGGGAUCCCUCAAGAGGCAGGGCUCUACCUCAAGCAAAACGCCUGUCCUGACGCCGCAGGCCAUCAGACACAUCUGGGUGCGGACAGCCUUGAUUGAGAAAGUGCUGGACAAAAUCGUCCAGUACCUGGUGGACAACUGCAGCAAAUAUUAUGAGAGAGACGCUUUAUUGGCAGAUCCUGUUUAUGGAUCAAUCCUAGCUUCUCUCCUUGUUGGGCCGUGUGCGCUAGAAUAUACCAAGCUGAAAACAGCUGACCACUACUGGACAGACCCGUCAGCAGACGAGCUGGUUCAGAGACACCGGAUCCAUGGAGUUCACGGGCGCCAGGACUCGCCCUCAAAACGCCCAGCGCUGGGAAUCCGGAAACGGCACUCGAGCGGGAGCAUGUCAGAAGACCGAUUUGCAGCUUCGGCUAGAGAAUACGUGGAGUCUUUGCACCAGAAUUCGAGGACGCACCUGCUGUAUGGGAAAAAUAAUGUCCUGGUCCAGCCAAAAGACGACAUGGAGGCAAUUCUUGGCUAUCUCUCCCUUCAUCAGUCAGCAGACAGCUUGACUUUGAAAUGGACUCCCAAUCAGCUCAUGAAUGGAACCCUGAGGGACUCGGAGCUUGAGAAAAGUGUGUACUGGGACUACGCCUUAAUAGUGCCGUUCAGUCAGAUUGUCUGCAUUCACUGCCAUCAGCAACCGGAAAGCGGAGGGACGUUAGUCUUGGUGAGUCAGGAUGGGAUCCAGAGACCUCCACUCCAUUUCCCACAGGGAAGUCAUCUCCUUGCUUUCCUUUCCUGCCUGGAAAACGGCCUUCUGCCUCGAGGACAAUUAGACCCGCCACUUUGGUCGCAGCAGGGCAAGGGUAAAGUAUUUCCAAAGCUCCGGAAACGAAACAGUAACAAGUCAGUGGAGCUGGAGGAAAUGCCACAUGAGGAGUCUGCUACGGACUAUGUCUUCAGGAUUAUCUAUCCGGGACACAGGCACGAUAACAUAACUAUUAACUACCACCACUUAGCUGCCAGCCGCUCUGCCUCAGUCGAUGACGACGAGGAGGAGGAAGACCGGCUCCACGCAAUGCUCUCAAUGAUCUGCUCUCGGAACCUCACAGCUCCUAAUAGGAUGAAAGACUCCGGCGACAUGAUAGAGAUGCAAGGAUUCGGUGCGAGCUUGUUGUCAUGGCAGCUGGAGCACUGCAGCCAAGGGUCUUCGUGCCUGUCCUGUUCAUCAGGCAGCUCUCCCUACGACAUCCCCAGCUGCUGCAACUGCAUUCACGACAGAACCCCAUUAAAGAUGCUGUGUGAAAGCAUGAAGAGGCAGAUUGUUUCCAGAGCGUUUUAUGGAUGGCUUGCCUACUGCCGCCAUUUGUCUACGGUGAGAACGCAUCUGUCUGCCCUCGUGAACCACUCCAUUAUCCCGCCCGACAAGCCUUCCAGCGCUGCCGGAGGCCUGACCAAAGAGGUCUGGAGUAAAUAUCAAAAGGACAAAAAGAAUUACAAGGAAUUAGAAUUACUCAAACGAGUUUACUAUGGUGGCGUGCAGCAUGAGAUUCGAAAGGAAGUGUGGCCCUUCUUACUAGGUCACUACAAAUUUGGCAUGACCAAAAAGGAAAUGGAUCGGGUGGAUGAAGAUAUUGCUCUCAAGUAUCAGAAGGUCAUGGCCGAGUGGAAAGCCUGCGAGGUCAUCGUGAAGCAGCGGGAGAAAGAGUCGCACUCUGCCAUCUUUGCUAAGUUUUCGUCAGGCAGCAGCAUUGACAGCCACGUUCAGCGAUUGAUCCACAGGGAUUCCACCAUCAGCAACGACGUCUUCAUAUCUGUAGAUGAAAUGGACUCAACAGAGCGAGAUUUAAAAGGUCCGGUUGACCCCUCUUUGACUGCAGUGAACGUCGACACUCCGGUCGCCGCGGCUGCAGCAGAACAGCAGUCAGUAGAAUUUGAUUCUCCCGACUCUGGGCUACCUUCUUCUCGGAAUUACUCGGUCGCUUCAGGCAUCCUGUCCAGCAUCGACGACGGGCAGAGUGUCUGCUUUGAGGACGGGGCGGAGGAAGAAGUUAGCGCGGACUUAGAAAGACCAGAUCUGGACCUGGCCCAGGCUCAGAAAGCCAAGGCGGUCCCCUCAGAGCCUCAGGAUUCUGUAAUGGAGGAACAACUGUGCUCCCAGUUGGAUUAUUUAACAUCUGGAGAGGACAUUGGUUCUGUUUGUGGAGCUGCCUAUACAAUAGAAUUACUGGACACUGUUGCCUUAAAUCUGCAUAGAAUCGACAAAGACGUCCAGAGGUGCGACCGGAAUUACUGGUAUUUUACUGCUGCUAACCUGGAGAAACUCAGAAACAUCAUGUGCAGUUAUGUUUGGGAGCACCUGGAAGUCGGAUACGUCCAGGGCAUGUGUGACCUACUGGCUCCUCUCAUGGUUAUACUUGAUAAUGAUCAACUGGCAUACAGCUGCUUCAGCCACCUCAUGAAGAGAAUGAGCCAGAAUUUCCCCAACGGAGGUGCUAUGGACACACAUUUUGCCAACAUGCGAUCGCUAAUUCAGAUUCUAGACUGUGAGCUCUUUGAAUUGAUGCACCAAAACGGAGACUACACCCACUUUUACUUCUGCUAUCGCUGGUUCCUGCUUGAUUUUAAAAGAGAAUUGUUGUACGAGGAUGUAUUUACAGUGUGGGAAGUUAUUUGGGCAGCAAAGCACAUCUCUUCAGAACAUUUUGUCCUUUUCAUUGCCUUAGCACUAGUGGAGGUCUAUCGCGAGAUUAUCCGUGAUAACAACAUGGACUUCACCGAUAUCAUCAAGUUUUUUAAUGAAAUGGCGGAGCAUCACAAUGCCCAGGAAAUCCUGAUGAUCGCAAGGGGCCUCGUCUACAAAGUGCAAACACUGAUUGAAAACAAGUGACCGCAGACGGAAAGGGAAACGGGCUUAGUACUGACUGUGGGACGAAGCAUUUCUUGCACUGUAACUUCAGAUGAUGUUUUAAUUGCAUCUUCCAUGUAAUGUAGUAAAUAGUCCAGAGAUUUGUAAUAGACUUUUAAAACAAACGAAAUUUUCCACCACCAGAUGAUGAGGUUUGUGUUUGAUAGUCCUUGUUAUGCUCACUUGGUAUUGUGAGGCAAAACUUUUUUUUUUUUUUUUUUUUUUGGCCUUCUACCCUCUCCUAGUCUCUAGAUAUCGUCCAGCUACAUGUCUGAGAUACAGAAGGAAUUUUGGUUUUUGGAGUCAUAUAUUGACCUAUUAGACCCUUAACACACUAGGAAUAUUUUGUGCUUGACCAAAACUUCCUGGCAUGCAGACUUAAGGCCCCCAAUUCAACGCCCAGUGAAGUCUGUGAGCUCUGGGUCGGGAUCUUAGAAAAGCAAAUGCUGUGGAGCUCACCUAGGAUAUGUGAAAGGAUGCCCCAGCUCCCAAGAGUGUUCUUGGCCGUAUGAGGACUGUCCAUCCCAUUAUCUAGAACCAUUUGUAAUCAGGUUAGAAAUCAUACCGUUGAAGAGAAUAAAAACACCCUGCCUCCGAGAACCAGAGAAGCCAAGCCAGUUUACUCAGAAAAAUCCUGGUCAAAUAUCUUCACUAGGCCAAAACAUGACAGGUGUCGAUCCACAGUGACUCCUGGCAGUGUAUCCUUAGCGGCAGCAUAUCUGCAGGGACAGGCGAGUCAGGUACGCUUAGGCCAACCAUCUGUUUCAGCUGGUACUAGAAGAGGAUUAAAAUCGGAGGGGGCAACUUGUAAAUUGCUGCCUCCAGAGAUACAAGAUGCUACAUCAUCCUGUCCAGCCUGUUUGCUAACAUUUCAGUGAAAUUGGUCUGAGAAGACAUUAAGAACAAUUUUCAGUGUCCACGGCCCUACUUCAGCAAAGCACCAUAGCAUGUGAUUAAAGCACCAUAGCAUGUGAUUAAAUCCAUCCCUACGCUGCUGACCACUACACAUUUGCUUAGUGUGGUGCUGAAUCUGGGCCAGAAAGAUUAUUGUCUCUUGAAGGGUAGGAGCUGGCUUUUUGUUCUGUUUGGAGAGUGCCUAGCACAAUAGGGUUCUGGGCUGGGGCCCCAAGGUGCUACCACCAUUUAAAUAAUUGUAAUAAAAAAAGGAUCCAGCUACCAGGGAUACAUUUCUGCUACCCUGUCCCACACUAAGUAGUCAGUACCUUACUCUGCAAGUAUUCCACGGUGGCAGAAUCUGGCCCUAUAUAGUUUACACUUCCAGGUUAGAAAUCUGGCUUAGUGCAUAGGCAAUUAAGCUCCUGCUCCUGUGGUUGGAUCUCCCACUCCUGCACCUAUGUGGAGUGGGGCAAGCGCAGGGGGAUUUGCAACAGGAAAAUGGAGGGCAGGAGUGGGGCUUUAACGUACUGUAGAACCUCACGAAUACACGUGCCCUGCAGUUUGCACACCUGACUUCUCAGAGAGCUUUAGGACCUAUCUUAUUAGAACUUCAUGACUUCUGAAAAAUAAAAUCCAGGCCGUCACUAAUUCCCAUGGAGGUGUCAGCAUUUGCCGGAUUAACAAAGUGUAUUUUAUGGGGCUAUCCUUUAUUUUAUUGCAUUUGCUGUCUCUGGAAUGUUUCCAUGUAAACAUGCAAUAGUUCUCUCUGUCAUUCGCUUGUAUUCCUGAGGUCCUACAGCCUUCAUUUCCGGCUGUAAAGUUUAUAGUGAUGGCACAAUACUUACACCUUCUCCACUGGGGUAAGGAGUUGUGACAAUUUGCACCAGCUGAGGAGCUGUCCUCGGGCUUUCGUCUGGCAAAAGUGUAGUGUCAGUGUGUUUAUAUCUCCACAGUGUCACCACAAAGACUAUAGUACAUGCCUAGAUCCAAGACAUACUGUGAGAGUCUUCAGACUGAUCAGUUAGAUUGAAAGUUUAAUGAUACAGCAGGAAGAGAAUUAUCACUGUGCCAGCAUGAGAGACGAUCUGAUCCUAAUGAACGUCUAAUGAAGUUACCCGUUGAUUUCACUAGAACAGGCACGUGGGCACUUUUUAAAAAAAAAUCCAGAAGCACAAGUCCCACUGACUUGCAAUGGGACUUGUGCUCUUAAAUCAUUUACGCACUUUUGAAAAUUCCAUCCUUUGCCAAUGUGCCUCAAUAUUAAAGAUGGUCAAAUCUCUUCCAAGAGAGCUAUUAAAAUUAAAUUUAGCCCUGGAUCCAAACACCCUUAAGUUGAGAUCAUCUUGAGUUGCUCUCAUUGGAGAUCAUCUUGAGAGUCCUUUUGAAAAUUCUACUCUCAAAAGGUAAGACUGCAGGCGUGACUUUGCGCCCAUUGGAGUCAUUGGUGAAACUUCCCCUUGGACUUAGUGAAAGCAGAGUUAGGCCAACCCUAAGGACUUCUGGAAAGCUCACCCAUCACAUAUUGGUCUAUCUUAGAUGAUCUUUAACGGAUUUCUUUUAGGAAGGGAAUAAAUCAGUGUUGUAUGUUUGAAAAUACAAAAGAAAAACUCUACCCAAAUUUCAGCAGUAGAACUAACAGGACCAGAGUUAGAAAAAUACUAAACAUUCAAGUGUUGUUUUUACUGGCUAGUAUUAGAACCGUGACUGUUUACCCAUUGUUUCACUUGCAUCUUUUACACAGUAUAAGUUGUUUGGUAAACCGAUGCAUUUCUGAAACAGAUUAUGAUCCACAAGUGGCCCACUGUGAAAUUUGAGGCACAUUACCCUCAGUUACAGUCUGUGCAAAGAUACAGAUUGAAUUAUGCCAAAGAAUCAGUACAGGACACUCAUUCCUCUUUUGUUAUAUUUUUACAAAUCAAGAAAAAUAAGUUUCAGGUGUAUAAAGACACAACAAACUUUUGUAUCCUUAAUAUUAUGAGACUAUACAGUAUCUCCACCUUGUUAUAAAAUAAAAUGGGUAGAGGCCCUUAUUCUCAGAUUUUUUUUGAAAAAAUAGUAAAAGAUGUUUAAAUAUAGAGUUGAAGAUGUAUAAAUCUGUAAUGUGCCCAUACCUCGUGACGUUAGGGGGAAGUCACUUUUAAAUUUGAUCCCCUUUCUGUAGACCUUUGACUUUGAUGAAUGAGGAUUUGUCAUUCAUGCCUUACUUGAUCAAGCUGCCCAGAAAAUGGUGUGUUCAAAACUUCCUUGUUCGGUCAAAAAAAAAAUCCCCCCCCCCCCCCC